GAAGAAAUUUACAGCUACAACAGCUAUUAAAAAAGCAAACCAAGCCAUGGUACUAUGUAUUUAAACUGCGCAGUAUAAAAACUACUGUAUUGCGAAGUUGUCGCAAAUCAGUUGACUGUAUGUAGAUCGUGCGAUCAACACGUCUAUCGCAAUGUGGACUGUUCGAAUUAUCGUGACUGUCUUUGCUUUUUAUGAAGUCGUUGUUUCAGAUGCCUUGUCGACUGGGUAUCUGGUUCUUGGAUCCAGUUUGAGUGGUGAUGUAUAUGAAAACUUUCUUGCAUUACCAAUCGAGGUAGUGGAGGGCAACACAACCAUCCAUACAACACGUAGACAGUCUAUGUUUUUAAAUACAGAACCAAUGUCCAUCGAUGUUGAUUACGCUCGAAAACAGCUGUAUAUUUAUAACAAGUACACGGCGUCUCUUGAAAUGCUUAAUUUUGAUCCCGAGACCGGUCUUCAGAAUUUACCAUUAAAGUCUCUGCAUUCCGGACUUUCUAGAGGAUUCGUGAUGAUAGCUUUGGAUUGGAUUUCAAACAACCUUUACUGGACAGAUCCAAUAUUCAGAUGGGUCGCAGUGCAGUCUUUGCAAACUAAUGGACAUUAUCGAAUCCUGGUUUAUGAUAACAUCGAGAGGCCUACUGGGAUUGCUGUAGAUCCGAUUCACAAAUAUAUGUUUUGGAGCGAUGUCGGCUCAUUUUCGAAGAUUGAGCGUUCCAGUCUCACCGGAAAUGGUCGUAAAACCAUAAUAUCUCACCGCAAAAAUGCUUAUCCGAUAGCCCUUGAUGUCGACAUUGCAUCAUCGAAGCUGUACUGGGUUGACGCUUUGCGCGAUACCGUGGAGCGAUCAAAUUUAGAUGGAAAAGAACACACGACAAUCAGAAAAAAAGCACUUGCAGACCAUUUAUUUGUUGAUAUAGCAGUAUUUCGUGACGUUGUGUUUGCACUAGAAAUGGCGUCAAGCACAGGUGGAAAAGUGCACCUUUUUAACAAGGAUACUGGCGUUAGCCACGCCAAGUCUAUCGAAUCAAAAAAUUCGGAAAUUAAAUGUGUGACUUUAUUUGCACCACAACCUACAAUAACAGAUUACUGUUCAAACAUUUCAUGUGAGAGUAUUUGUGUGAGCGAAACGACAGGACCCGAAUGUUUGUGUCGUGAGGGGUUUACGUUGAAUGCCGAUGGACGCACGUGUUCAGAGACUUCAGGUCUUCUUCACCGUGCCCUGGUCUGGGCUACAGCUACCACAGUAUGUGCUGCUGAUAUAACAGGGAUCCAUGACGAAUUGAAAUACAUAGCGACUAACAAGACAUGUUUCCCGAAUCUUGGGUCGAAUCUAAAUUGGCUUACAGUCGAUUCACACGAUCAAACGAUUAUAUUUGCGGAUGGCAGUGAUAUCUAUAAAGUGGCAUUAGAUGACGUCCACACGAAGCAACGUAUUGCAUCAGCAACGGAAAACGUGACAGGGAGCUAUGACUGA